AUGAGUCCUCCUCUUCCUCGCCAUCCUCUUCCUCAUCCUCCUCAGUCGACUUCAUUGCCAUAUACCAUGUUCACUAUCCUCCAUGCAUCUAAUAAUUUAGUUCAAUAUUAUUAUAUGCCUACCAAAGAAAGUCAAAGUAACACUGUUUUUAACUUUAUACCCACACCUUCUAUACCAUCUUCUUCACCGGACUUUCAUGGUAAUCAGCAUGGUAGCUCAGCAGCUGAUGCACCCCAGAGCUUUUAUGAUAGUCAGUAUGGUGGCUCACCAACUGCUGCACCCUUGAGCUUUCAUGUCAGCAUGGUGGCUCACCCAGGUGCUGCAUCCCCAAGCUUCCAUGUUAGUCAACAUGAUGGUUCGUCUUUUGUUGCUCCAUCAUCUUCCAUUCCAUCAUCAUCAUCCACUCCCAGCAUAUCUAGGUUGGAUAUUAGAGGCUCUCGCCCAAUUACAUCUAGUGGUAUUUCUACACCUUCUAGUAGACACAGGCAAAAUCUUGGAGGGGAUGUACAAUUAUGA